AUGGAGAUCACUGAAAAAGAGCAUUCACUCUCCAAUAUUCUACCGUUGGCAGAUCUUGAGAAAGCAUGGUUCAGCCAUUCUGCGUCCUCUAGUACCACCUAUGUCCCAGACGAGAUAAACACCCCUUCACCGACUACGAAGUUAUAUUUGGACUCUCCCUUUAUUGAAAGAGUACCCUCCAGAGAGUUCAUAUUUUGGACCAUCUACCGGCAAAUUUUCUCCGUUGUCUUCCUCGCAAACUUAGCGACGUUGAUCUGCAUUCUGGUUUUUGAUAGAAGUAUCGUCCGCGUGGCCGAUGCUGCAGCGGCAAAUUUCCUAGCUUGUGGUCUUGCUCGCCAGCCUUUGGUGGUGAAUGGCUUCUUCAUUACUCUGUGUACAAUUCCCAAGUCUCUGCCUAUUUGGGUCCGACGCACUGCUGCCAACAUCUAUCAAUAUGGUGGCGUACACAGUGGAUGCGGAAUUGCCUCCCUAUUAUGGUAUCUAGCAUUGGUUGUACUGAUGACCCGCGAGUUCUGCCUUUCGCCAACUCACACUCUAACAUUUACCAUCUCAUUCAUUCUCUCCCAUACCAUCCUCGUGUUCCUCCUCGCUAUUAUUGGGGUCUCCUACCCAGCGUAUCGCGUUCGUUACCACAACACCUUCGAACUCACCCAUCGGUACUGCACUUGGGUGGUCGUGGCUCUCUUCCUCGCUCUCCUCGUUGUCUUCGCGAAAACAGCCUCCUCUCAGUCCCAAGCACAAUACCUUCUCCACUUUCCCGCAUUUUGGUGUGUCUGCAUCUCCGCUCUAGCUAUUAUUCAACCCUGGACCCGUCUGCGCAGAAUAAAAGUCCGCGCUGAGGUCCUCUCCUCUCACGCCCUGCGUCUGUAUCUCCCAGGGUCCACCCGUUUCGGAAAAGUCAUCUCGCUGUCGCGACACCCCCUACGCGACUGGCACAGCUUCGCUACAUUCCCAGACCCAGCAUCUACACAGAAUAUCGACUCCACAUUUUCCCUUAUUGUUUCACGCGCCGGUGACUGGACAUCUUCCCUUAUUGCCGACCCUCCUACAAUAUUAUAUACCCGUGGGCAGAAGACCUAUGGUUUCACCCGUGUGAUGCGCCUUUUCCACCGCAUUGUCCUCGUUGCAACAGGAAGCGGUAUUGGGCCCUGUCUGGCAUUUUUGGAAGAAAAGCACAAGAGACCUGCUAUGCGCCUGCUGUGGCAAGCUCGAGCCCCCUCACGAACGUAUGGGCCGGAGGUGCUGGACCUCGUUCAUCGGCUUGAUCCUGGUCCGACGGUUGUAGAUACGGAUAAAUGUGGGCGGCGGAUUGAUUUGGUUCCCAUGAUUGCGGACAUAUAUCAUGAGUCACAAGCAGAAAUGGUAUGCGUUAUCAGUAAUCAGCGGUUGACAGAAGAAAUAUUGUAUCGAUUGAAAAGCCGGGGCAUAGCGGCGAUGGGGCCUUUAUUUGAUUCAUGA